CUGCCUCAGGUUCGCCUCGCGCGGCGCGCCUGGGACGCCCGGGGCUAUUUAUAGCGCUGCCAAACAUAGCUCCCGUGUGACGCCCGGGGCGAAAGGGGUGGGCUGCCCCCGGCCCCCCAGCGCAGACACGCGUCCUGGCUGCAAAGAGGGUCAGAGGAGUUGUAGCAGGGCAAGCCCCUUCCCGCUGAUGGGGUAGGGGAGCCAUCCAAAGGGAGCUGCUUCCUUGCAGCGUGGGCGUCAGGUUAACAGAGCUUUGAACCCCAGCACAGGGAAGUCAGAUGCUACAGUCGUCGGGGGAACCAGGAUAGAUGAGGUGCUUCCCUGGAGCUUUAAUGAAACCCCAUUGAAGUCUGCCGGGCAGGAGCUGGGCAGGGACACCCGGACGGUCUCCGAAGGGGUCAUGCCCUGCAGGGGAAGGGGAUAAAACAUAAAGCACAGGCCAUACCCUCAGGUCGAGAGCCAGCUUUUCCUCCGGCAAAAGGGGAGGUGGGGACAGGUGUGGCUCUUGCGGGAACCCUAUAAUUGUUCCUAUUAUGUACAGGCAAGUAUAUCUCCUUUUAGCAGGCAUUUUCUGCACGCCUUCCCUUCCUUCUGUGAGUUGGAGUGCCCACUCCGAGCCUAUUUCAGUGGGUUAACAUGCAAAGCAGAGACAGGGCUGUGUGACAGCUUCUAGUAUUACCCUGGUCUGAGUAAAGGGCACCCCCCACCAUCACCCUUGCUCUGCACUUUUUCUCUCGGUAGAGCACAGAGGUAUUGCAGCCAUGCUCUUACAUUGCAUAAGUUAAAGUAGAAUGCGUGUAACUCCGUACAAUCGGGUUCUUUAUUCCCCGCGUACAGACAGAGACGUUGUCCACGGCUGGCCAGGAACUUUCCUCCAAAAACAAACAUGUAUUUCCAAUGCCUUUAAUUAGCACUUUUAAGUGGUGCAAGCGCUGAAAAUAUGCUGUGAGAUGUAAACCAAACACCCCCUCCCCCUCCGGUCUUCCUAACAAUUGGACAACCUGUUGCGUGAAGCUGUAUUGUUUUGAGAGAAGGAUGAUUUCAAGGCACCGGCGGACUCAGAUUUUAUACAAUGACGAUUGCUCUGCGGCGCGUAAUAAAACAUUCUCUCAAAUAAGCCUGGAGUCAGUGAAUCUGGUGCUAACAGGCGCUGCUGUUUGUGUUUUGGGGGAAGAGAGGUCCUCAUUUCUAGCCUGUAGAAAAUGCCUCCAUGGGUCACAAAGAAGGGGAAAAAUCUGUAUCUAACAAGUGCAUGAAAGUAGCGAUGUCCAUAUGUAUGUACGUAUGCAAGAAAAAUCCCCGUACCGUACUGUGGUAUAGACACACAAUUUAGCAGACCCCACGCAGACAGAGCAACACACGUUAUUAUACAGUGUGCCUGCGUGCAGAGAGCCGCAGAGAGAUCCUCUAAGGUGUAUGACACGGCGUGGGGGGGAAAUCUAGUUCUUUGUUUACAGUCUAGCACAUCUAGGGGGGUGUAAGUGCGGGGGGAUUGCACCUAUUUUGGAAAAGCUGUAACAAGGUGAACCGAGGGAGCUGGUUCCCACCUUAAAAUCUGCACUCUUGGUGAUGUCACGUCGGAAAUUUACCAAAGCAAGAACUGGCCAACUGUGGCGAGAGAUCCAGCCCCUCGAAUGGCUGAUUGGGCGGGCGGCACUGACGUGCACUGACGCUUGGAGACUUUAGGUGCAUGUUGGCUGUGGAAUACGGAGCCCACAUAAACAAAGGCACAUUGGAGGGAAGGGCCAGUCUGUCCGGCUUGCUCGCACUGUGCUUUACUAGUACUGUACUUCCCAACAGAGAAUAACUAGCAAGUGCUCCGUCAUCGGUGGCUUUAUCCGCCGAUCUGCCCCUGGGAACCUGUUGUGCAGACGGUUGAAUGAAUGAAAAAGACAUUGCUAACAAAGAACGUACUGGGCAGUCUGGAGUCCUCACUGAUUUUCUAAAAUCUUGGAAACUUUGUCUCCAUUGAAUUCCGACACUGUCCACCUUUAAUUCCCUCGAAAACGCCUGUAACUCGGCUGAAGGUUUGUGAGCUUAAUUUCUUUAAUAUUCAAAAGAAACAACUUCACACUGAAAGCCAAGUAACAUAAGUAAGACACGUGCGUAGAUGUGUUCCAAACAACUUCACAUUGUGCAACUCACUUCAUCGUGUUUCUUUCAAAUGAACUAGCUGAAAAUAUCAUUGUACACAGAAAUAAAGCGACUGGUGCUCAUUCGGUCUGUUUGUGGGGGCCUGAAAGACAUUUUGGGGGUACACUAUGCACUGUAAACAUUCACAGACAUCAGAGCUCUGUGUACUUUAGUGUAAUCUCUUUUUUUCCCCUGUGAACACGUUUUCUUUGCGCAAUCAGAAGUGUGUGCGGCUUCCUAAUGUGGCCCGCAGUGUUGUAGAAAGCAGGUGUACAAAGCAGGGGAGAAAGUAUGCAGUUGACCAGGCUGAGUAUAUAUUACACUGUUUCAUUUCCAGCCAUGCCCUGUGUUCAGGCUCAGUAUGGGUCAUCGCCUCAAGGAGCCAGCCCAGCUUCCCAGAGCUACAGUUACCACUCUUCAGGAGAAUACAGCUCCGAUUUCUUAACUCCAGAGUUUGUCAAGUUUAGCAUGGACCUCACCAACACUGAAAUCACUGCCACCACUUCUCUCCCCAGCUUCAGUACCUUUAUGGACAACUACAGCACAAGCUACGACGUGAAGCCACCUUGCUUGUACCAAAUGCCCCUGUCCGGACAGCAGUCCUCUAUUAAAGUGGAAGACAUUCAGAUGCACAGCUACCAGCAACACAACCACCUCCCCCCUCAGUCGGAGGAGAUGAUGCCUCAUUCAGGCUCCGUUUACUACAAGCCUUCGUCGCCCCCGACUCCCACCACCCCCGGCUUCCAGGUGCAGCACAGCCCCAUGUGGGACGACCCUGGCUCCCUCCACAACUUCCACCAGAAUUACGUGGCCACCACCCACAUGAUCGAGCAGAGGAAAACGCCGGUGUCCAGACUCUCCUUAUUCUCAUUUAAGCAAUCACCCCCAGGAACCCCCGUGUCCAGCUGCCAGAUGCGAUUUGACGGGCCCCUCCACGUGCCCAUGAACCCUGAGCCAUCCGGGGCCCACCAUGUAGUCGAUGGCCAGACAUUUGCAGUGCCCAAUCCCAUCCGCAAACAGGCAUCCAUGGGCUUCCCAGGGCUACAGAUUGGUCAUGCGUCCCAGCUGCUGGACACCCAGGUGCCAUCCCCUCCCUCCCGGGGGUCUCCAUCCAACGAGGGCCUCUGCGCUGUGUGCGGGGACAACGCGGCCUGCCAGCACUACGGAGUGCGUACUUGUGAGGGCUGCAAAGGUUUCUUCAAGCGCACUGUCCAGAAAAACGCAAAAUACGUGUGUUUAGCGAAUAAAAACUGUCCAGUUGACAAACGCCGCAGAAAUCGCUGUCAGUAUUGUCGGUUUCAAAAGUGCCUUGCAGUUGGCAUGGUCAAAGAAGUGGUUCGCACAGACAGCUUAAAAGGCCGAAGGGGUCGCUUACCAUCCAAACCGAAGAGCCCCCAGGAGCCCUCACCCCCCUCUCCCCCGGUGAGUCUGAUCAGUGCCCUGGUGAGAGCCCAUGUCGACUCCAACCCGGCUAUGAGCAGCCUGGACUAUUCCAGGUUCCAGGCUAACCCUGACUACCAGAUGAGCGGAGAUGACACUCAGCAUAUCCAGCAGUUUUAUGAUCUCUUGACCGGCUCCAUGGAGAUCAUCCGAGGAUGGGCAGAAAAAAUCCCUGGUUUCACUGACCUCUCUAAACCGGAUCAGGACCUCCUCUUCGAAUCCGCUUUCUUGGAACUGUUUGUGCUGCGGCUAGCAUACAGGUCCAGCCCAGUGGAGGGCAAGCUUAUCUUUUGCAAUGGGGUGGUCCUGCACAGGUUGCAGUGUGUCCGUGGCUUUGGAGAAUGGAUUGAUUCCAUUGUUGAAUUCUCCUCCAACUUGCAAAAUAUGAACAUCGACAUAUCUGCCUUCUCAUGCAUCGCUGCCCUGGCUAUGGUAACAGAAAGGCAUGGGCUAAAGGAACCCAAGAGGGUGGAAGAACUUCAGAACAAGAUUGUGAAUUGUCUCAAAGACCAUGUGACUUUCAAUAACGGAGGUUUGAAUCGCCCCAAUUAUUUGUCCAAACUCUUGGGGAAGCUCCCUGAACUUCGCACCCUUUGCACACAGGGGCUGCAACGCAUUUUCUACCUGAAACUAGAAGAUUUGGUGCCACCUCCAGCAAUAAUCGACAAACUUUUUCUGGACACUUUACCUUUUUAAGACUCUUCCCGUGCACUUAAAGUGAACUUUAAAGAAAAUAAACUCGACCUGUCUGAAGGGGAAUUCACCUGUGCGCAAAGCAGCACCUUUGGGUGCCAGAUUCCCAUCCCCAAAACUGUUGCUAACCUCCUGAAGGCAGAACGUGAAUGGGCAUUUUGGCUCUGGGGCAUCAAGGAUUCAGAUGAUGAACAAGGACAACUUAAAUACUGUGGUAUAAGCUUUUUAUUAUCGGCUCAAAAUAUUAUUAAGAAGGACUUCUGAUUAAAAAGACGAUCAUAUUUGGCAACGCCGGACUAAGACUCUUAUGAUGAGAAAGUACUAAGGUGACCCACAAGUCUCACCCUCUUAAAGACUAAAGUUUUCUGAUGUAAAAGAAAGCAGUAAUAUAUACUAAAAACUAAAUGUUGCGUGGGUGGCAUGAAAUUAAAGAAGGCAAAGGCUUGUACAUUUAUCAGAUGCAGUUUGGCUCUUUAAAUUAUUCUGUGCCUAUUUAUGAAUAAAUAUUAAAAACCAAUUCUAAAAGGAAGAACAUAGAUGUGUUUUCAAAUAAAGAGAAUUAAAUAACUCAAUGAAAUGGGAAAGCAUGAUGAUUCUAGGACGAUAAUGUUAUAGGCACUUGCUAUUUCAGUAAUGUCUAUAUUCUAUAAAUAGUAUUUCAGACACUAUGUAGUCUGUUAGAUUUUAUAAAGAUUGGUAGUUAUCUAAGCUUCAAACAUUUUCUCAGUUGUAAAAUAGGUGGGCACAAGUAUUACAAAACCGAAAUCUUGGACAAAGGGGCACAUAGUGUUUGUAAACACCGUCCAACAUUCCUUGUUUGUAAGUGUUGUAUGUACUGUUGAUGUUGAUUAAAAAAAGUUUAUAUCUUGAUUAUUUUGUUGUCUAAAGCUAAACAAAUCUUGCAUGCAGCAGCUUUUGACUGUUUCCAGAGUGCUUAUAAUAUAUAUAACUCCCUGGAAAUUACUGAGCACUUUGAAUUUUUUGUUUUGUUUUUUAUGUCUAAAAUUGUCGGUUAAUAUAUUAUUUUAUGUUUGAGUAAUAUUUUUAAUAUUGCCAUAUUCUGUAGUAUUUUUCUUUGUAUAUUUCCAGUAUGGCACAUUAUACAAGUCACUGCCUUUUUUUCUAUGGUGUAUGACAGUUAGAGACGCUGAAUUUUUUUUUCCCUGAUAAACUCUCUUUCUUUGGGAAAGACAAUUUUAAUGUUUACAACAAUAAAACCAUGUAAACGAA